AUGGCGCGCGAUGUUCGUCGAGAGAUGGACUGGCUGAAAGCGCGCGUGCAACACGAGAGAGAUCGAAAACGAGGACGGGUGCUCAACAUCAAGAUGAGCAACUAUUUGUUCAAAACAGAGGAGCGAACCAUUCUUGAGGUUGUCGGUCCUGAACGCAAGCAAAUCACUUUUGUCAAGGAAGAGGAUCAGGAGUGUAUUCGUGAAGAUCGGGCAGGUACUCCUCAUAUUAGCGAAUUGCAGGCUGACGACGAUUUGUUUCCUCCUUCCGACGUAGAAGAGCUUAGUGUUCGACAAACAUGGAAGCGUUUGAUCGACGGCCAAUGCGGCAUCAUUUCCAUCAAAGAUAGGAGCUCAGAUUUCGCAUUACUACCUAGUCAGGUGGCUGGCUUAGUUCCUCAAGGCAGCAAAAGCGAUGGCAAAUGGAACACGAAGGAGCAUUUGAGUCCUACUGAUGAACGUCGCAUAGCGCGCUUUGCACAAUAUGCCAUGGUUGCAUCUGAGGAGGCUUUGAAUGAUGCUGGCUGGUUUCCGAAGAAGGAAAACGAUCUUGAGGCCACAGGAGUAUACAUGGGAUCUGGCAUUGGCAGCCUAGACGACGUGUACGAUACCACAGUUGCUUAUGAGAAAGGCGGCUACCGAAAGGUAUCUCCACUCUUUGUUCCACGGCUAUUAAUCAAUCUCGCUGCGGGCCACAUCUCUAUGCGACAUGGCUUCAAGGGGCCAAACCACGCGGCAACCACAGCGUGCACGACCGGAGCACACAGCAUCGGAGACGCCUCACGACUGAUCCAGUUUGGUGACGCUGAUGUGAUGAUCGCUGGCGGAGCUGAAUCAUGCAUCCAUCCUCUGGCCAUCUCGGGGUUCUCUAGAGCCAGGAGUUUGGCUACCGAGUUCAAUGAUCGACCGUUAGAAUCAAGUCGGCCUUUCGAUCGAGAACGGGAUGGAUUUGUCAUUGGAGAAGGAGCUGGAGUUGUGAUACUUGAAGAAUUCGAACACGCGAAGAAACGAGGUGCGAAUAUCUAUGCUGAGGUCGCCGGCUACGGGCUAUCUAGCGACGCAUACCACAUGACGGCACCUCGCGAAGAUGGUCAAGGACCACGUCUUGCUAUGAAGCACGCACUGCGGCACGCUGGUAUCAAGCCUAGUGCUGUCGAUUACGUUAACGCUCAUGCUACAAGUACCCCACUGGGUGAUGCUGCGGAGAAUCGAGCCAUCAAAGAGCUAUUGCUGGGCGAAGAUGGAAAGGACGCCGCUUGUAGGAUCAACAUGAGCAGUACAAAAGGUGCAAUCGGGCACCUUCUCGGCGCUGCAGGUAGCGUAGAGUCCAUAUUCACGAUUCUCGGGAUGCAUCACAACACUCUACCCCCAACUCUGAAUCUCCAAAACCCAGGCGAUCCAGCGGAUGAAUUCGAUUGCAAUUACGUCGCCCAUGCUGCUCAGCAACACGGCGUCCACGUCGCGCUCUCAAACAGCUUCGGUUUUGGUGGCACCAACGCAUCCCUAUGCUUUCACUCCCUUUUCCUUUCAUCGGACCUAGUGUUGCCUUUCUUCCUCUUUGCAUCACCGUGGGGAGCGUGCUCAAGUAGAAUGGCGACUUCCCGCCCCUCGUCAAUCGCGGGUAGCGAUGCGGAAGCCAAACCAUCAUUCUUCCGCAAUGCGUCGAACAAAGCAUCUACAUACCAUGCGCAGAUACCAUACCUAAGGAGGCUUCCAUUCCCCGCGAUUGCAAUCAUCGUCACGCUCAUCGUAGUGAACCUUCUAGUUUGGGCGGCAGUUGGUAUCGUUCUGCAUUGGCACACGCCUCUGAUAUCAACCGCAAUUCUCUCUUAUACUCUCGGAUUGCGUCAUGCCCUGGACGCAGAUCACAUCUCGGCUAUCGAUCUCAUGACUCGCCGUCUUAUUGCAGCAGGCCAGCGUCCAGUGACAGUUGGAAUGUUCUUCAGUCUUGGACACUCUACCGUUGUCAUCAUCACGUCACUCGUAGUCGCAGGCACUGCAGCAGCCGUUUCAGACAAGUUUGGCAAUUUUGAGCGCGUUGGCGGUAUCAUCGGAACUUCUGUAUCUGCUGCUUUCCUGCUACUCCUUGGUCUCAUGAACAUCUACAUUCUGUAUAAACUCAUCGUUCAGAUGCGAAAGAUGAUCGCGAGUGAUCCCGGAAGUGAGCACGAGGAGUUCAAGAUUCAGGGCGGAGGAUGUCUCUUUCCAAUUCUGCAGAAGCUCUUCAAGUUGGUCGAUCGACCUUGGAAAAUGUAUCCUCUUGGUGUGCUCUUCGGUCUUGGAUUCGACACUUCCUCUGAGAUCGCCAUUCUGGGGAUUAGCUCGAUUCAAGCAACGAAAGGAACCUCCAUCUGGCUGAUCUUGAUCUUUCCGCUGCUUUUUACUGCGGGCAUGUGCCUUCUCGACACGACAGAUGGCGCACUGAUGAUGAGUUUGUAUACCAGCACACAACUAGCGCGCGACCCCAUCGCCAUUUGCUACUACAGCAUUGUACUCACAGUCAUCACUGUUGUUGUCGCGACCAUCAUCGGGACAGUACAGUUUCUUAAUCUAGUACUUAACGUUGCUGAGCCACACGGUAAAUUCUGGGAUGGCGUCGAAAAGCUGGGUGACGCUUGGGACAUAGUUGGUGGAGCGAUAUGUGGCACGUUCAUCUUGUUUGGUGGUCUCAGUGUUUUGCUGUACAAGCCUUGGAGACGGCGUAUCGAUCGCAAAAGGGUCAAUAACGCGCAUUUCGAGCCACUACCGCAGGAGAACGAGAUUGCUGAACCGGACGAAGAAGAUCCCCGGGGAGUACCCGCGUCGAUCACGACAUAUACAAAGGAUGUGGAUGUGAAUGUGAAUGUUGAGCCUGUUGGGGCUACAGACAUUGCUGGACCUGCACACCGUUGA